AUGCGCCAUAACACCGACGCCACGUUCCUCCCCACCAACUCGGCAGGGCUGUCGAUGAUGUUCUACGCGACGACCUACGCAACAAAGUUUGAGACGCCAUUAUUUAAGAGGAUGGCAACGGUUAAGAUGGUGCUAGAAGGCACGGCGGGGCGGGAGGGCGAGCGUGGCGCCGCGGCAGCCGAAGAGGAUACAGACGAGACGACAGCACAGCGGAACAAUAGGGCGCGGCAGUUCCUCGCGCGCACGGCGAACCAGAUCUUCACAAGCCGUGAGCUGUCGGCCGUGGAGGUAUGCAGCAGCCUGCUCGGCUACCGCAACAGCUAUUGCAGCGAGGAGAACUGGGUCAACGUCCACCUGAACUCGCUUUACUGGGCGGUCUUCCGGGGAUGGGGCGGACUCCGGCAGGCCGCGGGGCCGGAGGUGCAGCUCCGCGCAGGACCGGAGACCAGGGUUGGGCAUAGGAGCAAAGCAGGCAACGCACAUUACGUCUCAUUCGAUGAUGCACUAGAAGACCGCCAAUGGUGGAUUCAGAAGAUCCUCCAAGCACGGGACCAAGCAGUACCAGUCAUCACCGGCCACCUGGACGACGCGGUGGAAGAGACUGUAGAAGGAUUCUAUAAAAGGUCGGCCGUGUUGCUUCUGGCGCUGUUCAUCCCCUGGGAGCGGUUCACGCAUAUAUCAGACCAGCUGCCGCCAGAGCUGUGGGCGAACUUGAAGGAAGACCUACCCGAGCGCGUGAGCGCGUUUGUCGACAACAUCCAGCUGCUUCACAAGAGCGCCGAAGACGCCAAGAAAGACGCCAAGCUAUGGGCCAGCCGGAGCGAGGGGGACGAAGGCGUAGAGUUUGACGGGGCCGAGGAAGCACCGGACCCCGGGGCCUCGUGGAACCCAGGCGAAAGUGACCUGCGGCAUACCUUCCAUAACGUCGUCGCUAGCCUCCACGACGAGGCCGGAGUCACAAGAGGGUCUCCAGGACUCGGGGCGCUGCUUAGCACACUAAAUAACAGUGACUUCUAA